AUGGAGCAGGACGCUGCGCUGGUCCACGGUGAUUUUGUCGGAGGCAAAAUCAUGUGGUUACCGCAUAAAUCGACGAUCCUGUUCGAGUACAGGCCGAACCUACCGGACGAUUUAUUCAAUCAUCCGGUCGUCAUCACAUCCGAGGAGCUGACGAAUACAGUCUCCGUGCUGAUGAUGACUACCUUCGACGGAGUGGGCAUUGAAACUAGAUUUGCUCCCGACUCUAUUGAAAUUCUGGUCUACGCGCCGGUCCAUCCCGCUCCUCAACAUCCCAACAGCGCGGGAAUUGGAGGGCCCUUGCAGCUCGUCUUUAAUGGCAACGAGAAGACUUUCAACAAGGCAACUUGGGUAAAUAUGAGAACAGAAUACCGGAUCCCUUACCUAUGUCUUGACCUCUGGCAGUCAUGGAAGGGAAAUAAAAACGAGACCCUCACCCUAGACAUAGAGUCAUAUGAAAGCCUGAUGCGGUACCGUCAAGAAUUUGUACUACGCCAUUGGGUGCCGUUACUGGACCAGAAAGAAAAGGAGAAAAAGGAGGAGAUAAGAAGACAGGAGGCGGCAAACAAGGAGAGGAGAGAGAAAGACUGGCGACCCAAGCAGUCCAAAUCUCUGGACAGAAUGCUGCGUGAUCAUCCGAUUAGACCGCGAUCAUUCGAUCAACAGUCCAGGCCCACAACGUUGAUGGAGAAGACGACAUGGUGGAACCCAGAGUAUCAACCUUCGCAACGGUCUGUGGCUCAAACUGCGGAAUGGAAUGUCCAAGGAAGCUCCAGGGCUGCUUCUCGCAGUUGUGACGAUCCUCCGAAGUCGAAGUCUAUGAGUUCGGUAAUGAUUCCUGGUCCUGAGUCCCAUACACACAAGGUGGACGCAGAAUGGGAUCAGGAGCCGGAGGCCACACAAUGGGAACCACCGCGAGCAUCCAACAGGCAGCCUCUCCAGGAGCUUGGGACCGAAAGUACGAAAAAUACUUCCCGAAAUUACGCAAGCGUCGCUCACACGCGCUUUUCCUAUGCCGCCGCUCCAGAGUUGCCAGCAUCCACAAUUCCAGCAACGACCCCUCUCCGAAAGUGGCUUGUUCUGGCGCCGAAAUCCAGAGCUCCUCGUGAGAGCUAA